AUGAGUGAACAAACACUGACAAGAAAUUUUAAGGAAGAACGCUUAGAUAUUCCUUUAGAAAUUUCUACAACUAAAGAAAUUUUACCUCUCCUUCAUGCGGUCAGGGCACGUGAUCAAAAUACCACAUGGAAAUUAUACCAGGAACUUCAACAAGCACGAAAACUUCAUCUUUUAUCACCUCAACAACAUUCUAUUGUAUUAAAAUUGUUUGAUGUAGAUGGUAAAUAUCCAUUCACCAAGACAGAAACAACACUUUUAAAAAAGAAACUAUUUUAUAUUUUUGAUCAAAUGAAAGAAGUUGGGCAUGAUCCAAGUGUAAUAGAUUAUUCACAUAUGAUGAAUGUUUUUAGUAGAAUACGAUUACGUGAGGUUUGUGAUAGCUUGUGGAUCGAAUCAAUUGAAAAAGGAUUUCAGCCAUCAAUAUAUUUGUUUAAUUCAUAUUUAUCCUCAUGUUUGCGACGUAGGGAACCUUUACUGAAAAAAGUUAAUUCUAUUAUAACAAAUCUUAAGAAAAGUGGACUAAAACCUAAUUUGACAACAUAUGCACUAUUAGUACGUUUAUAUUUUGAAGCACGAGAUAUAAAAUCAGCACAAAAAAUUCUAAAGUUUGGAUUUUCUACAGAAGAUUAUUUAGAAGUAGAACAACACAAAUGGGCCAUUGUUCGUGCGUUUAAAUGUAUGAUGAAAGCAUAUGGUUAUAAAGGAGACUUGAAAGCAAUGGAUGAAUGUUAUAGACAUAUGUUACGUCUGAAGAUUAAACCAGACAUUUAUGUUUUCAAUACGCUUAUAAGAUAUUCAUGUUCACAUUUGAAUCUACAACAAGCAAAUCAAUAUUAUAAUGAAAUGCUACUCCCAGAAUUCAAUGUCACACCUAACACGACAACGUUUCAAAAUAUUAUUUAUUGUCUAUGUGAAAAAGGAAAAACCCGAGAAUGUUGUAGAUAUAUAGAACAAAUGAAAGAACAAUUUAAUGCAUUACCGACAGAAAAAUCUAUAGGGUUAAUUUAUAAUACGAUGAUGAGAAAAAAGAGGUUUGAAGACGCAAGUGCGUUUGCAAAAAAAUGGAAUAUUCCGGAUGAUUGGUAUCGAAAAUCAAAAUAA